AGGGUCCCCGGAUGCCACGCCCCCUGACUUCCUCGUCGCCAUUUUGAGAGCCGAGAGUGUUUUGUUCUGACGCCAUUUGGGGUCGGCACGCGAGCUACUGCGAACCAGGCAGUGAUUUCCCAUUGCCAGUCUCCCCACCCACACUCCCAUCUACUACUGCCUACUGCCACUAUAGUCAUGCCUCGGCAUAAGAAGAAAUCAAGAUCCUCAAAUGAUAAAAGUUCUAAGGCUGGCAGUAGUGCCCAGAGCCUGGAGGUUGCACACGUCAUGAAGUCGUUGGAGGAGACCUCUCUCUCAUGCUGUUCUCUAAUGCCUGAGAAUUCAAAAGAGGGUCCUGAAAUUGGUAUGGCCAGUAUUCCUGAGGGUUCUCAGCGUUUCUCAUCAAGCAAAUCAGAUGAGAGUGCCACUAGUCAAGAAAAGAAGCAGAUUUUAAGCAUCGCACAGGCUGAGCCAGACCCCCAAAAUGUGCCCAUAGAUGCUGUAGAUGAGAAAGUGGCGAUGUUGGUGAAUUUCAUGCUGCUCAAGUAUAAAGUGAAAGAGCCAAUAACCAAGGAAGAAAUGUUGAAGACAGUCAUCAGAGGAUAUGGAAAUCGCUUCAGUGAGCUCCUGCUGAGAGCCUCUGAGCGCAUGGAGAUGGUUUUUGGCCUUGAUGUGCAGGAAGUGGAUCCCAUCAACCACCGCUAUGUCCUGCUCAUUAAAUUGGGCCUCACCUAUGAUGGGAUGAUGAGUGGUGAAGAGGGUGUGCCCAAGACCGGCAUCCUGAUUCUUGUGCUGGGUGUGAUCUUCAUGAAAGGUAACCGGGCCACUGAAGAAGAAGUCUGGGAAGUUCUGAGUUUCACCGGUGUUUAUCCUGGAGUGAAGCACUUCAUCUUUGGGGAGACAAGGAAGCUCAUUACUAAAGAUUUUGUGAAGGAAAAAUACCUGGUGUACCAGCAAGCUGCCAACAGCCGUUCUGCAGAAUCUGAAUUCCUAUGGGGUCCAAGAGCAUAUGCAGAAACCACCAAGAUGAAAGUUUUGGAGUUUUUGGCCAAGGUUCAUGGGACUGAACCUACUUCUUUCCCAUCUCAGUAUGAGGAGGCCUUGAAGGAUGAAAAAGAGCGAGCCAAAGGCAGUGCUUCGGCCGGGGCUGUGUCUCCUUCCAUUGCCAGCGCCAAGUUUAGCAGCUCCUCCCACAUUUAGGCAAGUUAAGGGUAGUUUCUUCAUGCGUUGUUUGGAGAGAUAAUUAAGUGGUCAUAGAAUUUAUCUUAAGUGUGGUUAGUCGAACACAACAUAUAUGCCUUUGUUUUCCUGUUUUGUUUAUGUAACUUGAAAUGUUUUUCUUGUAUUUUUUGUCAUUAUACAAAUACUGUUUCUUUCCAUCUAGAUUUAAUUAGCUUCAGUAUCUCCAGAUUCAAGAAUGAUAUGGUUCUUAUAGGUAAUGUUGCAGUGAGGUUAAAUAGUAGGAACUUUGUGGUUUUGUAAAACAAACUGUGAAACAUGUAUCUUGCUUUGUUAUUCAGAAUAAGAUAAGGUGGUAUUGCGAUAUGCACUUACUGGAAAUGGGGAAGAAUUCAACUUUAAAAUAGUUAGAAUCAGUAGGGAAAAGUAGAAGAGAAAAUCCUGAAGCUAUUCAAAUCUUUGCUUUCUUCUCUCUUUAAACCUUUGUUCUGUAAAGUUGAAUGAUGAUAUACUUAGACUACAGAGCUAUUUCAAGAAUUUUUUGAGAAAUAAAUCUUAAUAAA